AUGCACUUCGAUCGUAACGCACAAUUUAAGACGAGCAAUGGCAUCAUCCGCCAAGAGAACGCCAUCUUGAAGAACGCGGGCACGGACGACGAGGAGCUGGAGAUCCGGGGCACCAUCACGUGGGUGGACGUGGACGGCAAGGAGAACAGCAUCGUCUUCGUGGCCAACAAGGACGGCUACCAGCCGCAGGUGUCGCCCUAGAGCCCAACGGAGCAGCGGCAGCUUUCGGCUCCCCCACACACAACGCCUCGCCACACAUGAGUAUUUAAAUCACAAGACUAGCCACCGUACGACACAUUACUACUCAUUUCUUAGAUUAAGACCCUCAUUAGUAUGAUAAGACACACAAACAUGGGCACAAGUUUACACUCUACCAAGUAGAUUGUGCUUCUACUUUCCUGUUAUAAAUAUUCUGCAUGUAAAUAAAAAUAAAGCAAUGUAUUCAAAAGA